UGUGUAUACAAAAUAACAACCACAACAAUAAUAUUAACAACAACAACAAAAUUGAAGUAAAGAAAAACAAAAAAAGAGAGUGUAAUUGAAGUUUUAAACGAGUACUACAGUAACAGCAACAACAAAAAGACAACAAACAUGAAGUUUUUAUAGAAAACUUGAAGAAAUAAAUAGUGAAAUUGUAACCAAUUGCAAAACAAUGGAAUUUUGAAGUGAAGUACAUAGUAGUAGUAAAGCUUCAGUAAAAUAUUAACAAAAAAUAUACAAUUUAAGUUUGUUUGUUUUCAAAACUAAGAGAAAAAAUAAUUAAAAGAAAAAACAAACAAGAAAAAAGAAAAUUAUGAAAAAUUUUUGUUGAGAAAUAUUAAAAACAAAAGUUUUUUAAUCAGUGAUUACAGAAAAAAAAGAAGAAAAAUUAUGAAUGAAUUUUUAAAUCCAACACUCCACAACAAUAACAAAAUGUGUAAACAUACAAUAAGUAAUAAUAAUAAUAAUAACAAUAAAAACAACAAAACCCACAGCCACUACAACAUGAGACUACAAAAAGGAAUAGGAUUAUCUCAUCAUUUAUUAUUUGUCAUGUUCAUAAUCAUGAUGCAGCAGCAGCAGUUUUUACCCGGCUGCUCAGCUUUAGUUUUUAUGAUGACACCACCAUCACUUACUGACAACAUGGCAGCUGCUACUGUACCAGAAAAUGCUCAGAUUUUGACAGCCAUGACAACGACACAAAUGAACUUAACUACCGAUUCAACGUCUGCAGCAAUAACGUCCACCCCAAUUUCAACGAAUUCACCACCCCAACGUCGACCACCACCACGUGUUGUCCUCAAUAAGUGCUGUUUAUUUGGUGAAUAUUUAGAUAAAUCAAAAACAUGUGUAGCGGGUAGUUCAGAACUCUGGACACCUUUGAUUUUUCUAAUAAAUCGCAAAAUAUAUCAUAAACCUCCAGGCACUGCACCGAAUUUCAUUACCUUUGAAGAUAAUAUAUUUCCCAUAAGUCGUGCCCGCAAUAUUAAUGAGAUAGUGAGGAAUUCCACAGAGGAAGAAGUAACCUGUACCGUUGAGGAUCUAGAAUUGAUAACGGGUAAUAACAAUAUAGUAAUCUUUUCCAAUGGUUCUCUAUUCCUGCCCGAAAAACACAUAUUCCUACCGCCCUCGCGCUAUUGUGUUGACCAGCAAGCUGCCUUGGCAUGCUUUCCAAAAUCGAGAGAUAAUCUACCCACUCUUAAGUUCAAAAAGUGUUGUGGUCAACAUGGAGUCUACGAUGAUGAAAUGAAAACAUGCCAUAUAGAUGCCGCGCAUAAACGUAAAUUAAGUAUUUCCCAUUUAGAGGAGAAUGAAUAUCAAACCGUUUAUGGUUUUCCCGAAUGCAAGACCGGCUCCACGACAUUUGCUAUAGCCGGAGACUGGGAAGGUUCUCAAUUGUAUACGGAAUCGGGUCAUUUACAUUUACCCAUACACAAUGUGAAUCUCACCUCCACAGAUUAUUGUUUGGAAUAUUUGCGUAUGAACAAUUCGUCAUCGGAUAAAUUGAAAAUAUUUGCUUGUUUACAUCACUUUGGUCCGGAUGAUUAUGAGGGUGACAAUGAUUCUUAUAGACGACAAAAUGCAGCUUUAAGUUUUGGUCUAGUCAUUUCGGUAGUGUUUUUGGCCGCCACCUUAGUGGCUAGUUACUUAAUGCCUUCGGUACAUCAUGUUUUACACUGGAGAUGUCAAAUUUAUUACGUUUUUUGCCUAUUCGUAGCUGAGUUGCUGUUAUCCUGGAUCCAGCUGUCCAAGAGCAUGGUUUUACAUCCGGCCUUUUGUAAUUUGGUGGCCAGUGCCAUGCACUUUUUCUUCUUGUCUGCCUUUUUCUGGCUUAACACUAUGUGUUUCAAUAUCUGGUGGACAUUUAGAGAUUUCCGUCCCAGCUCUCUGGAACGUAAUCAAGAACUCAUAAGACUGCGCCUUUACUCAGCCUAUGCCUGGGGUAUACCGCUACUUAUAGCCACCAUAGCGGCCUGUGUCAAUCUUAUACCAGAAUCUUCCCUUUUAAGACCGGGUUUUGGCGAAAGCAAUUGUUGGUUCAGCGGUGAACGAUUGUCGAUAUUUGCCUAUUUCUUUGGACCCAUAGGCAUACUCUUGUCUAUCAAUAUAAUGCUUUUCGUCUCGACUACCCAUCAGCUAACCUGUGGUCUGUGGAAGCGCGACGAUGUCAAGUCAACUACGGAAAAGACUGCCUUAGGAAAGGUAUGUGUUAAGUUGGUGGUUGUCAUGGGUGUUACCUGGAUUGUGGAUGUUCUGUCCUGGAUUGUGGGUGGUCCACAGUGUUGGUGGUUUGUCACCGAUCUCAUUAAUGCCCUACAAGGUGUCUUCAUUUUCCUGGUGGUCGGCUGCCAGCCACAAGUUUGGGCAGCAUGCAAACGUUUCUGCUGUCCUCGUUCUCGUGGAGAAAUUACAAACACCACAAAUGGUGUGCAACAUUCUUCGUCUUCGCAAGGUUUACCAUCUAUGGCUGCAUGCGGUGGCGAAAUAACACAAAACACUUCAGUGGCUAAUACCACAAUGAAUGGCGGUGUACACAACACUUCAACAUUAGCGAAAAUUCCCAUGGAGACUGUGUGCUAACGUAUCAAUGGCAACUUAAUAUUAUUAUUGGAAUAAAAUUCGCAGACAAUGGCAAAAAAGAAACAUUACAAAAAGUAUUACAUUUGUACUUCUUUGAAUAAAAGAAUGUAAAAUGAUAAUAAACUCAAUGACAACAGAAAAACAAUUAUAAACUGAUCAUAAUCAAACCAACAAACAACGUCUUCAACAAUAUUUUACCAGCGCUGAUGAUCAUGACGAUUAUGAUCAUGAAAAUAAAGAUUCUAAGAUUAUGAUGCUGAAUUUCUAUUACGAACUGGGAUAUUAAGUUAUUUUAAUAAUAAUUAUAAAGAAACAAAUACUUGAAAACAGUAUUCAACUAUAAAAUAUAUAUAAUUCUUAAGAAAAAUAUGUACACUUAUGCAUACAAACUAAAUUAAUAUUUGAAAUUGUGUGUGUGUGUAUAGAAGUGUACUUGUAUAUAUUGUAUGUGAUUUAAACUAAAAAUUUUAAAUUUUUAAAUUAUAAUGUAGAAACUAAAACAAACAACAAAAUUAAA